AUGUUUUUCAUUAUCAUUAGUAUAUUUAUUUUGAAAGGUGCUCUGCGCCCUAUUUUGUGCCAAGCCCCUCUGGGCCCCGAUACAGCUCUUUUCGGCAAUCACAUCCCGCCCGGCACUUCGGCUCAGUCACCCAACACUUCGAUUUCGCCUUCGACGCUCUUCGACAUCUUCGACGGUGCGCGACGCUUGCUCGAAGCUCGGCGCGGUCGUCCCGAUGCCUCGCGCGUAGAUCUCGGGACAUCUCCUGCAUUCGGCGGACAAUAG